AUGCCAUUAUUAUGUGGGGUGUACUGCCAGAAUUUGGAGAGGAGCGAGAGGAGCGAAAUCCGCUAUCGUGCCAAGUUGCGACAUGAGAGUCUUCUGCCCAAGCACUACCCCGACCAAAAACAUGCCUUCCGCACCCUCCUCCCUGCUUCCACCCUCUGCUAUCUCACCAUCCUUGUUUCUUUUGUGCUCAUCUUUGUCAUCAUCGAACAACUCGAAAAACAACUUCCCCCUCCACUCAUGGUCAAGGACGAGCCAGCCAACCCGCACCGUUUUAUCGCCGAGCGCGCCAAGAAUCACGUGGUGAACCUGACCAGUCUGGGACCGCGACCGACCGGAAGUUUCGAGAACGAGGUGUUAGCCGUCAACUUCCUGUCCAAGGAAAUCAAUUACAUAAUUUCGCGCGCCAAAAAGGUGCACCGUAUCGUGUUGGAUGUGCAGAAGGUGAGCGGCUCGUUUCCGCUGAGCUUCCUCGAUGGAAUGACCAGUGUGUACAGGAAUGUGCAGAACGUUGUGGUCAGGAUCAGCGGCGUACAGGAGUCUGCGCACAGUCUGCUCAUCAACUGCCAUUUUGAUACGGUCACUGACAGUCCUGGCGGCAGCGAUGACGGAGCAAGUUGCGCCGUGAUGCUAGAAAUGCUGCGUGUGAUGUCGCAGCGUGAUGCGGCACUGCCGCACAACGUGGUGCUGCUAUUCAACGGUGCGGAGGAGAACUUGUUGCAGGCGUCGCACGGCUUCAUCACGCAGCACCGCUGGGCGAGCGAAGUGCGCGCCUUCGUCAACCUGGAGUCGUGUGGUGCGGGCGGAAGGGAGAUACUAUUCCAGGCCGGGCCUGAGCAUCCGUGGCUCAUGCAGGCUUAUGCAGAAACAGUGCCUUAUCCUCUUGCUUCAUCCUUGGCGCAAGAAGUAUUCGAGAGCGGCAUCAUUCCUGGUGACACUGAUUUCAGGAUAUUCCGCGACUUUGGCCAUAUAUCUGGCCUGGACUUUGCGUGGGUCACCAAUGGCUACGUGUACCACACCCGACUGGACAACGCGGCGCAAAUCCCUCUGGGCACCCUGCAGCGAACGGGUGACAACAUCCUCUCGUUGACCUUGAAGCUGGCCUCAGCUGAUCAGCUGGUGCCCUCCAGCAGCCAAUCAGCUGCAGCCGGCAAGAUCAUCUUCUUCGACGUGAUUGGCGCUUUCAUCGUCUACUGGUCUGAACUGGUCGGCAAUCUGCUCAACGUGGCUGUACUAGCAUUCAGCAUCUACACGCUCAACUUCAACAUUAACAAGUCUGUCUCAGAAGACAUAGUGAAGCAACUUUACAUGCGGCAGAUGUUCCUGUGCACGGGUGUGAUAGUGUGUGGCUGGGUGCUGUCUCUGCUCACCUGCGGUCUGACGGCGUUUACGCUGACUAUGCUGAAUCGCGCGAUGAGUUGGUUCGCGCGACCUGUCUGGAUAUUCUUCCUCUACAUCAUUCCCUCCCUUCUGGUGCCUCUGUUGGUCACACUGCUGGCGGCAAGGAGGCAGAGACUGGUAAUUAGGUCACCGUGGACACUUUUCAGAUUGUACUGCGACGCCAACCAAAUCCUGUACACCACUAUGACUCUCAUCUGCCUGCUGUUCAGAAUAAGGUCUGGCUUCAUCCCAGCCAUGUGGCUGUUCUUCAGCUGUAUCAGCAGCGUGCUACGCGAACGCAUCUUCGCUCAUUGGAAAGACUGGAGAAUACUGGUGCUAUACGUUGGCUGCCUGGUGCUUCCCUACAUCGAAUGUGCCUACAUCAUAAAUGGCUCACUGCAACUCAUCAUCCCCAUAAUGGGCCGGUCGGGCUCAGGCAAUCAUGCCGAAAUUGUGCUCGGAAUGAUAUCCUCUGCUAUGUUCACUCUGCUGCUCAGUUUCCUGGUGCCUGGUAUACUGCUAGUCCAAAUCCCGAAACGGGUGGUGAGUUUCCUGAGCGCCAUUUUCUUCAUAGCCAUCUUGGUGUUGAUCUUGACUCCGCUUGGAUUCCCCUACUCGUCCGAUCCGGCGGCUCCGGCUCCGCAAAGGCAUAUGAUACUGCACGUGGAGCGGACAUUCCACGGCGUGGGUGGGGAGGUGGAGGAGCAACGCGCUGGCUUCUGGGUGAUCAACCUGGAUGUGAACUCGCCUCGCUCGGUCAGCUCGCUGGUGCCCGAGAUGGCGCGUGCGCAAGUAAUCGACGAGGACUGUGAUAAGCGACUCUACUGCGGUCUACCCUAUAUCAUACCAGUCAUGACGUUCAUAUGGCAAACGCAUUGGAUACCAGGUCCUUCGCCGAUCAUUUCUAUACCGACUGAACUAACUUUACUCCAAAGAGAGGUUAGACCUCAAAAUAUCCAUAGGUUGACAUUCGAAGCUGUGGGUCCAGACCACAUGACCCUGCUGGUGUCACCACGCGACGGCAUGGAGCUGAUUGGCUGGAGCGUGGAUGCAUCUAAGCCACUCGCCGGCCCCAAGUGGCACGGACGCAACACAUACUUUGUCUACUACUCGUGUGCCAGCGAUCCCGAGCCCUGGCGAUUCUACAUCGAUUUCAAGGUUAGACCUUAUAAGAUAGCAUAAGAAGAUAUCCCAUGGUA